AUGCCAGGCUCCUUUAUCCAGUUUUACCGUUCACCAUUCAUCAAAAUCAAGGUACAACUCAUUGAAAAAGGAGCUCUGGGCAGCGGGAACGAGUGCCUAAAAAUACGCCCUUUCCACCACCUUCGGUACGAGUGGCCGCUUAUGUUUCCUCGGCGCUAA